AGCGGGUUAUCUGACAUUUAAAGGGCAUUCCAAGGUAGCAUGGCCGAAGCGAAACUAAGGGUUGGUUGUCGUGUUGAAGUAACAGGGAAAGAUGUUUUUGGGACAGUUGCUUUUGUCGGAGCAACACAAUUCUCACCAGGUAAAAAAAGUUCUGUUCUCAUCACGGACUUAGGAAAAUGGGUGGGUGUAAUACUAGACGAGCCCAAAGGGAAGAACAACGGCACGGUUCAGGGGAAACGCUACUUCACAUGCGAGGAAAAUUUUGGGAUAUUUGUGCGCCCAUCUCAGCUUACUCUUCUAGAUGGUCCGGAAGGAUCAAGCGUAAUGGAGUUAUCCACAUCUAGCGUUGUUUCCGAAUCAGGUGCCACUUCAGAAUCAAGCGAAGUUGCGAAACUUUCUGGUUCGACAUCUUCGUUGUCUGUAGGAUUGAAAACUCCUGAGACAGUUAAAGGACGAACUUCAAAGUUACCCGGUCUCAAACAUUCUCCUCUAGCUAGUUCUACUUCAUCUGUGAAGGAUAAGGCUAGUGUACCUGCCUCAGCUGGUAGAAUUCCAUCAGAAAUUAAAAAGACAUCACAACUUACUCUUCUAGAUGGUCCGGAAGGAUCAAGCGUAAUGGAGUUAUCCACAUCUAGCGUUGUUUCCGAAUCAGGUGCCACUUCAGAAUCAAGCGAAGUUGCGAAACUUUCUGGUUCGACAUCUUCGUUGUCUGUAGGAUUGAAAACUCCUGAGACAGUUAAAGUUCCAUCAGAAAUUAAAAAGACAUCACAAGAAAAAGCUGAAGUCAAAGAAGCAUUUGAUCGUUAUCGUGAAGAAGUAACUGAAAUGGUUGAAAAUAUAGAAAUGGCCACUUUGGAUAAAGAAAUGGCAGAAGAAAAACUAGAAACAUUGACUGCAGAAAUUGAAUUACUUAAGGAACAAGUAGAAGAAUUAACUCUUGAGAAUCAAAUCUUGAAAGAAGAAUCUGAAGAAAAAGGUGGAGUAGCAGUCGGUGUUGAAGGCGGUCCAACUCCCUUACAGUUUAAAAAUCUUGAACAACAAAAUGAACGAAUGAAAGAAGCACUGGUCAAGCUACGUGACUUAGUUAAUCAAGAUAAAUCGGAAAUUUCAGCUUUAACUAAACAGAUUACAUCUUUAGAAUCGGAGGUUAGUCAACUGCAAACAGAAAAAGAACGAUUAACAAAAGAUGUUAAAGAUAGUGUUGAACAAAUUAUUGAAUUAAAAGAACAAGUGGAUGCUUCCCUUGGCAUUGAUACAAUGGUCAGUCAGUUGACACAACGUAAUUUAGAACUGGAAGAAGCGCUUGAGAAAAUUAAAGAAGAAAGAAAUGAUCUGGUAUGUAUAUACAAAUUUCUUUUGAAAUAA